AAGUCCCGCGACAGCUGGGCGAGGAGCCCCGGUCGGUCCUCCUUGUCCAGGCUCUUGUAGAAGUGCAUGAAGUCCAGGCUGUGGGACUCAGGGGGCGGUGGCGUCUUGUCCCUGGUCUCGUAUGUGGGUAACGGUGCCACGACCCUCGCCAGGAUGUCCUCCAUGCCCGAGAAGCCGCUGCGAUUCGGGGACGAGUACCAGCGAUGGGUCCCGGGAGACACUUUGAGGAGAGCCCGGUGUCGCCAGCACCUCACACCGCUGCGGAAGGCCCAGAUGAAGGGGAGGGAUGUCAUCGCUGGGAGGGAGCUCCGCUUUCCGCCCUGGAACCUGUGACCGAGACACACAGGAAGCGAACCACUUCCGGGUUGCCUCUUAAAGAGAUAGCGCAGCUGCCAUGUCAACACGUUAGACACGAGGAAGUGUCACUGAUCUGAAGAAAUAAAAACAUGUUUAAAUCUUUCUAGAAUGAGUUAAAAUAAUCAAUUAAAUAAAAAAACUGUUUUAGUUAUUUGUCAAGGACCCAAACAAUUCUACAAAGAAGUUGCAACAGAACAAGUUACCUAUUAUCCCAUGGGUAUUGGUAUAGGUUUAUAUUAUUUACUCAAUACAAUUUUCAUAACAAACAAAGCAUUAAAAACAGAUAUUUAUUUAAAUAUUACAAUAUUAUAUGUAAAAUAAAUAUAUGUUUCUUAAUAAUGCAGUAAUUUGAGGCACUGUUUUUCUUCUACUAGUAUACUGCCCCUAAAAUUUUGUUCAGGUACUAUAUGUGGUUGCUUUUGUAAAUAAGGGUAGAAUAGACUAUACAUUUUUUUUACAGAUGAUCUACUUAUUGGAGAUUGCCUUCGAUUAGUAUUUUGUGCAUAUGAAGUAAAAUGGUUGGCCAGCUUGUGGUAAAUAUUGUUAUUUGAUUUAUCACAUUCAUCAGUUUUCAUAGCAGCUGAGGUUUUGGUAAAGGUGCCAUAUAUAGAGCCACACUUGCUCCACAUCAUCUUAAGCCACUGUACAUUUGUCUCUGUGACUUAUUAUUGCCUUUGGGGUUAAAGAAGGAUAUGGGAGGAAAAGAACUGCACUCUUCCACUUCAUCCAAGGUGAAAAAAGACAGAAAAUAUUUCUCUCUACAAAGGGCAGUUAAAGUGAGGAUAAAAUACUGCAGACCUGUAGUCGAGAUGUGAUGAUGCUUCCAUAACAUAAACCAAGAGUCUGGAGUGACACAAGCGCAUCACAAGAGGUAAAUCAGGAGUCAGGUUGAGGUCACUGUGGAAGAUUUUCUUGUUUGACCCCUGUUGAGUGCAACUUUGCAGCACCAGUGCUUGUCUGCUUUUAUUACAUUAUUUAUCAGCUGUCGAACCAUCUCUGCUCCUGUCACUGUUUUUAUCAUCAUAAAUAUAUAACCUUUAUAGCCUACAUGCAGUUCAAAAUACAUUUUACUCUCUCCAAGCAAUACUAUGCAAUGCAACACAAAGUAAAAAGGAUUCAGGUUUUGUCAGUCAAUGACAAGAUGCCUCAUCCUUCCUAUUUACAAAACAUUUAUUAAUUUUCUAGUCAUGUAUUCUUUGUUGAAACAGGAACACCCUAUUGAAAUAGAAACCCUCAUCUGCCAGCGAAUCCUGGUCAAGAUGGGCAAAAAUGAAAUGAAAAAAGUUUCAUAUAUAAAUAUAAAUAGAGACAAAUAACACUAAAACAUACUAAAUCCCAGCAAACAGGUUAAAACACGGAACAGACUCAGAAUUAUGUGGGAAUCAAAAGUAAACAUGAAUAAUAGGAAAUAAAAAGCCCAUGUCAAAGACAGUGACAUUAUUCUAUGGAAACUGACAAAUAUAUUUUAUGGAACCUAACGUAUUCGAAUUCAAGUUUUGUCAGAUGUCAAAUAUUGAUUUGAAAAUGCUUUAUUCAUCAUUGAAUUAAACAAAGACAAACAAUUAAUUAAAUUACUCUAAUCUCAUUAGAAUUGUGAAGGCUGCUGCUUUCAAUGCUUCCAGCCAAUUUCCUUUAUAAAUAAUAUAAUCAUUGAUAUUGAUUAUCAUUGAUUAUGUAACACACUGUCUUUUCACAUGAAUGUUGUAAAUAUUGAUAUUUUAUUGUUGUGUGGAACUUCUGUCCGUCCAAGGACAGGGAUUCCUCAGUUAAUGAUAUAUUGGAUGUUGCACCAUUGUAAUUUCCGAAUAUGAACUAAACAUAUAAAAUGUUGUUUAUUGAUCUAUUGAUUGAUGGAUUUAAUAACUAGUUUUAUCAUAUUAGCCAUGUGAGUGAAUUCUGAUAGACAACAACGGAUAAUCUCAGCGACACAUGAACACAACACAGGACAUGAGAGGUCGUCGGAAGUUCUAAGUACCGGAAGUGACGUACUUCGCCGAAACACCUCUGAAGCCAUGCAACCUGGAGAUCUCUGCCAAUCACAGCUCGACUCGGAAUGACGUUAUUGCGCGUUAAGGCAAGUUCCCCGCGCGACGUCUCGUCUUUUCUACAACCGCAGAAGUUUGUCUGUCACUCGGGAAACAACUGAGAACCCGCCGACAUUAAACCCGGUGAGUGAGCAGAGUGAUGAACUGUUGAGCUUCACCCCGCGGACAUGUUAUGGAAUUUAAUUAGCUAGACAAGCUAACGCGAAAUAGAGAUUGUAAUUAGCUAAUUAGCUUCAGUGCUAAUGCUAAAUCAGUCCUGACACGUUUGAUACCGUGAACCCUGAUUCUUUCUUUUUUAAAACAUAAAUGACCGGUUGGCUUUUCACUCCGCUUAAGGUCCGCGUGAGCGAUGGGGAUAGAGAAGGAGGCGAAAGGAGACGGGAAGCCCAAACACCGGAAGCUGAAGAGGCUGAGUGGCGAUGAACGCGCUUUGGAUGCAGGAGACUCGAUCGAAAUCACGAUCAGAGACAGCACAAAGCCAAAUAAAUCUGCAGAGAAAACCGAUAAUGGAAAGUCUAAGAAGGUCAGAACACCGAAGAAAGAGACCCACGAGUCAGCCAACGGUCUCAGCGAUUCGGUGAAAGAGGAGCCAGAGGACGAGGACUUUGCCGUGAAGAAGAAAGGGUCGAAAAGGAAAAGAAAUAAAGAAGAGCACUUGGAGGGUUCCUCACAUCACACUGCAAAAACUACCUCCAAGGGGAAGAAAAGGCAACAUGAGCCGGACGACGAAGGUGCCGGAGAUGCUCAGAAAAAGAAGUCAAAGAAGAGGAAAGAAGAGGUGGUAAAGAAGGAGGAAGGAGAGCACCCAGUCUCCAAAAAACCUAAGAGGACCAAGCAGCAGGCUGAAGACGCCAAACUGCUGAAGAUCAAAAAGAAGGAAGAGGAGGAGCAGAGUCGCUGGAGAUGGUGGGAGGAAGAAAAGUAUGAAGAUGGUCUGAAAUGGAAGUUCCUGGAGCACAAAGGGCCGUCCUUCCCCCCCGAGUACCAGCCUCUACCUGACGACGUCCACUUUCUCUACAAAGGUCAGAAGGUGAAGCUGAGCCUGGCAGCCGAGGAGGUGGCAAUGUUCUUCGCCCAGAUGCUGGACCACGAGUACACGACCAAAACAGUCUUCAGAGAGAACUUCUUUCAAGACUGGAGGAAGGAGAUGACCCAUGAGGAGAGAGCACUGAUUCAGGAUCUUGACAAAUGUGACUUUGGAGAGAUCCACGCGAUGCACAAAGCCAAAGUGGAGGCCAGGAAAAACAUGAGCAAGGAGGAGAAGCUGGCUUUGAAAGAAGCCAAUCAGAAGAUAGUGGAUGAGUAUGGCUUCUGUAUGCUGGACCACCACAAAGAGCGUAUCGGCAACUUUAAGAUUGAGCCUCCGGGGCUGUUCAGGGGCAGAGGCGAGCACCCCAAGCAGGGCAUGCUGAAGAAGAGGAUCCAGCCAGAGGACGUCAUCAUCAACUGCAGCAAAGAAGCGUGUGUUCCGCCGCCCCCUGCUGGUCAUCGCUGGAAAGAGGUUAGGCAUGACAACACUGUGACGUGGCUGGCCAGCUGGACUGAGAACAUCCAGGGCUCCAUCAAAUACAUCAUGCUCAACGCCAACUCAAAACUCAAGGGAGAGAAGGACUGGGAGAAAUACGAGGUAGCCAGGAAACUGAAGACAUGCGUGGACAGGAUCCGUAACCAAUACCUCCUGGAUCUCAAGUCUAAAGAGAUGGUCACUCGCCAGAGAGCCGUGGCCCUCUACUUCAUAGACAAGCUGGCACUCAGGGCUGGUAAUGAGAAGGAGGAGGGAGAGACGGCAGACACGGUGGGCUGCUGCUCGCUCCGUGUGGAGCACAUCACCCUGCACGAGCAGCUGGACGGCAGCGAAUGUGUGGUGGAGUUCGACUUCCUGGGUAAAGAUUCCAUUCGCUACUACAACAAAGUCCCCGUCAUCAAGAAGGUUUUUAAGAGCCUUAAACUCUUCCUGCAGAACAAAGAACCUGGAGAUGACCUCUUUGACCGACUCAGUACAGUCCUGAUGAACAAGCAUCUCAGUUCCCUGAUGCCGGGUCUGACUGCGAAGGUCUUCAGGACGUAUAACGCCUCCAUCGUCCUGCAGCAGCAGCUCAAAGAGCUCACAAACAAGUCUGACAAUGAGUCGGAGAAGCUGCUGUCCUACAACAGAGCGAACCGAGCAGUUGCUAUUCUCUGUAACCAUCAGCGGGCGCUGCCAAAGACCUUUGAGCAGUCUAUGGCAAAUCUACAGGCCAAGAUUGAUGCUAGAAAGGAGAAGCUGGCCCUGUCGAAGACGGAGCUGAAACAGGUCAAGAAGGAGGCCAAGACCAAAGGCAACCCAGACUCAAAGUUGCAGGUGCUGGUGGAGCGGAAGAAGUCAGCGGUGCAGCGCGCUGAAGAGCAGCUGAUGAAGAUGGAGGUCCAGGCGACUGAUAAAGAGGAGAACAAACAGGUCGCACUGGGUACCUCCAAGCUCAACUAUCUGGACCCACGCAUUAGUGUGGCUUGGAGUAAGAACAUGGAGGUACCUGUAGAAAAAAUAUAUAAUAAGAGCCAAAGGGACAAGUUUGCCUGGGCCAUCGACAUGACUGAGCUGGACUUUGAGUUCUAACUUCAAACUUCUGAAACUGUGGCAAUUAAGGAACCAUUCACUUUAUAUAACAUACAGUACUUUAAUGUUGCAUCAGUACGUUCAAAGACAGCUGAUGUUGAACUCUGAGAUCAUGUGACAUGAUCGAGCUCCAUCCUUGUGACAUGUUUUGUUUACUGCUGUUAAUCCAUCCUGUUACUUUUGGCACUUCAUUCUGAAAAAUGUUGGUUAGUCAUUUUGUUUUUACAAUUUUUGUGUUUGCAUUCAUUUGAAUAAAGGUUCCUGUUAUGCAGUGACAGUGUAUUUA